AUGAAGGUCCCUUACAACUGCCUGGAGCCGUCCGGCAACGUCCUCUUUGCCGCUCGGGGUGGGAAGAUCCACUCCUUCAGCCUGGAGGACGGCUCUUAUCUCUCAACGUGGAAACACCCCGAUGUUGAAAAGGUGAAUGCCGCCGCCGCCUCGGCCGCUGCCUCAAAGGUUGAGAUUGAAGUGAGCUCUGGUGUGCCUACGUCUCCAUCCCCGGUUCAUGACGAGGAUGGACCCCCGGCCAAGCGUCAAAGAGUCGAGAGCACCGAGGAGAAAGCCGGUGAGGAUGGUGAGGAAACCAAGGACGACGACGCCAUGGUUCUCGAUAGUGAACCCGCGAAGCCCGAGCAACAGAAAAGAGAUAGGAGAAAGGGCAACAAUCAGGUGAGACGGGGUCAACGGGACGGCCAGCAGCAGCAGAACAACCGCGGCGGCGCGUUCGCAAGGGUUCCGGACUAUCCCGUCAUCACCAUUAUGACGACAACCAGUGACGGGAGCCACUUGCUGGCCAUUUCAGGCCACGACAAGUCCCUGUGGGUGUUUGAGCACGACGGCAAGGGGAAUCUGAAAAAGCUGAGCCAGAGACAAAUGCCCAAACGGCCCUGCUCCGUCCUCAUCUGCCCGGACGACCGGACUAUCCUGAGCGCGGACAAAUUCGGUGACGUCUACUCCCUACCCCUGAUCGCCUCGGAGGCCGCCGCAGCGGGCUCCGCGGCCUCUGAGACGGCAUCUCCGGCGCCGUCGGCUGCCCCCAAGCCCUUCCAGCCCGAAGCCAACCCCCUGACGGUGCACUCCAAGAGCAACCUCCGCGCCCUCCAGAGCCAGCUACGCGAGCAGAAGAAGGCGAACCGCGACAGCCCCAAGGACCAGCCGACGUUUGAGCACACGCUCCAGAUCGGCCAUGUAUCCAUGCUCACGGCGCUGACGCUCGCCUCCAAGGGCAGCCGGCGGUACAUCAUCACGGCGGACCGCGACGAGCACAUCCGCGUCUCGCGCUUCAUGCCGCAUGCGCACAUCAUCGAAGGCUUCUGCCUCGGACACGCAAAUUUCGUCAGCGCCCUCACGCUCCCCAGCCAGGAUGUUCUGGUCUCGGGAGGCGGAGACAGCGAGCUGUUCGUCUGGGACUGGGUGGCUGGCAAGGUCUUGUCCAAGUUUGACCUCCUGGAGCAGGCCCAACAGGUGGACAAGGAGGUGUCCAAGGUUGCCGUCUCUCACCUCCUCUCCGCCACGGUCACAGCCAACGGCAUACAGGCGCCCGUGGUCCUAGCAGUAUGCGAAAGCGUAUCUGCCAUCUUCGUCCUUCGUCUCUCGGAAGAGAACACUCUGACCCACGUCCAGACCAUUUCCACUCCCGGCAACCCCCUGCACGUAGCCCCGAUUGCCAGCGAUGGCUCCCUCACAAGCAUCCUGGCGGCCAUCGACCCGGCAGAGAAUGACAGCUCACCCAGCGGGAUUGUGUCGUUCAGAUGGACCGGGGCUGCCUUCUCGUCGCAGGACCUUGGGAUUCAGGAUGCAACCAUCAGCGAAGGCGAGUUUGACAUGCCGCGGGAACAAGUGCGGAAAUUAUUGUACAAUAUUGAGGACCUGCGCAAGCGGGGUGAGGAUGAGCAAGGCGACGAGGCAGAGCAGGAAGAACAGCCGCCGCAGGAGGAGAACACAUCAGAAGGGGGAGAGCUAGCCGGAACGUCAUGA